GCACAAUCCACCAUAAUGGCCUCGACAACGCCCACCUCAGCACCGCCAUCGCGCGCUCGUUCCGCCUCACGCACCCGUAACAACCUCCCCUCACGACCAACUACUCCUCUGCGACCACACUCCCGUACCAGUCUCCGAGCCUCAAUCACCACUCCCACAAGCGCAACCCAAUUCUCCGACCAAGCCGUUCCUCUUGAAGCCCUGGAACCCGCAUUCGGUGAACUCGCAGACGGCAUGGCCGAUCUGGAAGCCAACAUGAUGCACCUGCAACUGCUGCACGAGAGUCUGAACCGCUUCAACGAAUGCUUCGGCGCUUUCCUCUACGGCAUGAACAUGAGUGCUUUCUGCGUCGACUUCNCCGAAGCCCCUGGAAUUGAAAGUUUCAAGCGUGCUGCUGAGGCAGCGAAGAACCAGGCCCAACAGGACAGUGCCAUGUCUGCUGAGGUCCACCAUCGUGAGAGGGAUGUAGACGCUACUUUCCUUACCACCGAUACCAGCUUCGUUGAGAACCCUCCUACUCCCAGGACAACCCGUACGAACAGAUCCACCAUGGCUCCUCCCUCUACUACCUCGUCUAGAACCACUCGCGGCGCCAGCUCCAUAUCUAGAGGAAGGGGUAUACCAGCUGCUCGUGGCACAAGAGCUGGUGGCGCAGCAGCUUCCACCAGGGGCUCAGCCAUUGGAAGGGGAAGAGGUAGAGGCAUCAUCAGAUGA